AAGUGAUUAUACAAUAAAAAAUCCAACUCAUAUUGGAUUUUUAAAUAUAUAUAAAACAUAUUCAGAAUAUGAAAAAGCCAAAUUUUCAUUAUAUAAAAUUCCCAAAACUACUAUUUUAUUAAAUUUUAAUGAAGUUUUAUUAUAUGAUGAAUACAUCAACAAAAUUAAUAUAGAUGAAAAGGAUAAAUAUAUACGAGAAAAAUUUUUAAAAUUAAAAGAUUGUGAUAUUCCAAAAUUCCUUAUUCAUGAAGAUUUUUAUAAACGUUAUUCUUUUCUUUCUAAUGAAGAAAAAAAUAUUUAUUAUUCAGAAUUUCAAAAACAUCAUGAUAGAAUUUUAAUUUAA